GUCCUCGCCUCCCACCCCCACCUCCUUUGCAGGAGUCGGUGGUUUAAGCCGCCGGCUUGCUGGAGCUUACUGCAAACUUUGCGCAGAGGGUAAGAAAGCACCUGCUUCCAGCAAAGAGGUGGGGAAAAUACUCCAGCGAGCAGUGCUUGGGUCCCUCAGACCCAGAGGUUGGAUCACUGUGAGCUGCACAUGCAGGUUGCUUUGAUACUCCCGUGGUGUGAAUGCUGCUUUUGCGGGUUUCCUUUUCCUUUUCAUUUUUUUUCCCUCUCCAAACACCACAUUUUACCAGGAUUCUGACCCCAACAAAAAAAAAAAAAAAAAAGCCAACAUUAGAAGGGAUUGCUUUGAGCGGUAGAAGGGGCUGCUGUGGUUAGUGGUGAAAUAGACGCAGUCAGCUGCUAUAAGCGUGUUUUCACCAUGAUAGUCCUCACUCCGGCAUCUGCGUCGCAGUUUAACGGACCGCAGCGUGUUGCCAGGUUUUUCUGCCACUGGAUGGGCGUUUCGGUUUUAACAGGCAGCGGAAAACCGCAAAGAGGGAAGACGAUACGUUCUGGAGACGUUUCUGCACAUGGAUUAAAGUGAUCGGAUCAUGAAAAAAUAACUUCUUCUUUUUCUUUUUCUUUUUUUUUUUCGCCAGUAGAGCUUUGACCUAAAUCGCAUCAUCAGUUGUAAAAGUUGGGCUGAAAGUGGAGAUUAAGCAAAGCAAACUGAUGCGCGUAAGAAGGGAUGCCAGCCAGGCGUGGCUUGAAUCUGAGUGUCCAAUGUGAGAAUGCGUGGGGAGUAUGUAUAUAUUAGAGUCUUUCCGUUUGAUAAACACAGAUAUCAAACUCAUGAUUAUUGCUAAGGACUAUCAAUAAACCGAGAGGACUUCCCCGGGACUUGUGGAGGAGCACGGCGCGCGCAGGGGACGCUCCUCUUUCAUGCGUGCAUGGACCGGACUCGUGUGUGAAACUUUUCUCCCUCCGCAACUCGCUGCACAUACAUCUCAAAUGCCUUCGCUCAAUGUGACAGCUGUGCAAACUAUGGCAGAGGUCGGCAGUUUUCUGGGGACGCUCGACUUGGAUUUACAGAGCUUCCCCGCGCCGCUGCCGGAGUCUCCGGUGGGGCUGAGCGAGCGGCUGGGGCAGAUCGAGGGCAGGCUGCAGCAGGGGUCGCCCACAGACUUCGGCCACCUGAAGGGGAUCCUGAGGCGGCGGCAGCUCUACUGCAGGACCGGCUUUCAGUUGGAGAUAUUCCCCAACGGCACCGUGCACGGGACAAGGCAGGACCACAGCAGAUUUGGUAUCCUGGAAUUCAUCAGUCUGGCAGUGGGGCUGGUCAGCAUCAGAGGGGUGGAUGCUGGACUCUACCUGGGCAUGAAUGAGAAAGGAGAGCUCUAUGGAUCGAGUAAGCUCACGGCAGAGUGCGUGUUCAGGGAGCAGUUCGAGGAGAACUGGUACAACACCUACGCUUCGACGCUGUACAAGCACACAGACACGGGACGCUUCUACUACGUGGCGCUGAACAAGGACGGCUCGCCCAGGGAGGGCAGCAGGACUAGGAAACACCAGAAACUCACCCACUUCCUGCCGCGGCCGGUGGAGAUCGAGAAGAUCGCUCAGGAGUACAGGGACACGUUCCAGUACAGGUGACCCACGCCCACAGCGGGAGAACUGGUUACAGCUGGAGUCCCAGAGAUAAACAAAGACGACGAGGAGGAAGACUAGAGUCAGGGAGGGGGGGGGGGGGUAUUCUGGAUCUUGUGCAGAAUUGUUUACCCCCCGAGCCCUCACUCUGGUCACGUGUGACCAGGACAUAAACAUUAAGCUCCAUCCUGGAUGUCUCUCAUCUGCCUCGGCUCUGGACUACAGCGAAGAGGGGAAGGCUUCUUCUGUGGAGGUCGAUCAGGACAACCAAAUAAGAUGCCAGGGUUGUUUUUUUUUCAUGUAGGGACUCGAGUGACGUGCAACACCACACAGAGCAGGGGCUCCUUGUGUGCUUGUUAAAGGACAGACAUAAAAAAAAAAAAA